AUGUUCAUGCCCCUUGUGCACCAAGCGUUCCAUGUCCACACAGGCUCUUACCCAAGGUUUGAGAACGUCCCAUAUCUUCCAUUCAUCGUCUCUGCCACACUGAACACAUGUCGGUAUAUCCACAUUGCAUCCGCCAUUCAAAUCCUUAGCGUAGAGGAUCUGUUCGUUGGCCGAAUUCCCAAGACGCCUCUUCCUCUCGACUCCGUGCUCCUCGAAGCCCUCUUGCAAUCUCUCAAGGCACUUCCUGACCAGGUAUGCUGGUGGCGCGAAGCACUGGAAGCCGGCCGUGAAGAUGCAUGGUUCUCCAUUCUGCUGCUCCAACUGCCCAAUUUGCGCAAGCUGGAGCUCAAAUACCUCGACGCAAAUUCGCCAUACCUGCAGUCCAUUCUAUCGCGGCUGACUGACCCAAAUGACCCUCUCACAGGUCUUACCCAGCUAUCAGAGCUGAACUUCAGCCCUCAGAUGCCUGUUGACUGCUCAUAUCUAUCUAGCUUCAUACCGUUUACCCAGCUCCCUUCAAUACGGAAGAUUCGCCUCGUUAGAGCCAUUGAUAACUACCAACCCCCAUCAUUCACAGAAGAAGGCGAUGCAACCGACUUGCUUGACGCAUCAUCUCUUUUCCCGAUCCUUCCGGUGUAUCAAUCUUAUUUCCACUCCGACCUAACGCACCUUACCCUCCACGGCUGCUCCACCAUUGCAACACUCCCAAGCCUCCUUACACGCCUCCCCAAGCUCAAGUCCCUCAUCUACCGCCAUUACGACAGAGGACUCCCACAAGUCAAUACGCAAGCAACCACCGACCAUACCAACCAGAAUGCUGGGAUCAGUACCUCAAUGCGCCAGGCAUCACCCGUUGCUCAAACACAGUAUGUCGCUACUUCAACACCGACCAAUAUCUUGAACCCAGUUGAGCUGUACCAGGGUCUGACUGAAGCGUCGUGCAACUCUCUUCAAGAACUCUGGGUGACUGUCGAGAGAUCUCUCCGUAUGAAGGAAUACGAGAGACGUACGCAGGACCUUCCAGGAAUCCCUAUCGGGGACCUAAGGGUAUUUUACUCGCUACGGCAGGUGCGGAUUCGUGUGGAUAAUCUCCUAACAGUGGUGCGGAAUGGUGGCAGUCCCCAAAACGGCCAUUUCUCCAAUGUCUGGGCGAGUAAUAAUCUAUGGGAUGUCUUACCUUUGAGUCUGGAAGGACUGUUUCUGGAGGAUUGUGAUCGGGGAAUAUUGCCUGUGCUAGCGAGCCAACUGAGGCAGGUAUUGGAGAGUCAGGUAGGAAUGAAGGAGUAUGUGUUGUUCCCUCUGAUGACAACUGUCGUGUUGCAGCAGCCGAUCGAUGAGGUGGACCGCGUGCCUUUCGUGUGUCCACCGAAUAUACCCCACUAUUCCCUGGAGGCGUUUCAGCUGGAAUACAAUCAUCGGAAGGCCGCGAAUGAUAUUCAGCCGGAUAUAUACGCUCUCUUGAUGGCGUUAAAGAAGAGAUUUACUAUGUUUGAUCUGGAACUGAAGGUGCUUGAUAAAUGGGACAGAGACGAGACUUUCCCUAUGUAG